AUGCGCGUCAACCCUCGGGCGGGUCCCUGCGACACCUCGGUCAACCAGGCCGACGCCAUCAUCAACGCAGUCGAUCCGUAUCAGAUUCGUCUGUUCGUAUCGGGAACCUCCUGUGACAAGUACCCAGCGAAACAACAUGCGCGAAAUGUGGCACGUAAGCUUGGAGUGUCGCAAGGUCUCAUUUUUAUCGCUGGCCAGCCAACAAGCAACUGGCGCGACUCUGAUCAAGCACGACCGUUUCGGCAACGACGAUACUUUUACUAUCUCAGUGGUGUGGGCGAAUCCGACUGUGCGCUAACAUACGACAUUGGUCAGGAUGUAUUGACUCUGUACGUGCCGGACUUUGACCUGCGGCGUGCGAUUUGGAUGGGCCCUACCCUGUCACGGGAGGAUGCACGGGAUCGAUACAAUUUGGAUCGGGUCAUGUAUCAAUCGUCGCUGGUGCCUGAGCUGGUUUCGUGGCUCGAUAAGCGAGCAUCAGGCAAUUUGCUUUAUAUGAUUCAUGGCUCCGAGGCGCCUGAAGGACUGCCGGCAGACUUGCCGUUGGACGUCGACUCGCUCCGCCCAGCGAUGGAUGCCGCUCGAGGGGUCAAAGAUGAAUUUGAGAUCCGCAUGAUCCGGGAAGCAAAUCGAGUGUCGGGGUUGGCACAUCGCAGAAUUCUUGAAACGAUCCACAAGAUGUCGAACGAGUCGGAGAUUCAGGGGUCGUUCCUGAACACGUGCAUCUCCAACGGAGCUCCAAAUCAAUCAUACGAUAUCAUUGCUGCGUCGGGCCCCAAUGCAGCCGUUCUUCACUACGUCCGAAACAACGAGUCUCUCGAGGGUAAGCCACUAGUAUGUCUCGACGCCGGUGCCGAAUGGCAGUGCUACGCUAGCGACGUCACCCGAACGUUCCCUCUCGGCGGUGAAUGGCCCAGCAGAUACGCUCGAGACAUCUAUCGCGUCGUGGAGCGUAUGCAAGAGGAAUGUAUCAAACGUAUUCGUCCUGGCACGCGCUUCCUUUCCCUUCACAACCUUGCCCACGAGAUUGCCAUCAUCGAGUUACUGCAUCUCGGUGUGUUCAGGGGCGGCAGUCUGUCCGAAAUUCGCGAGUCUGGUGCCUCCAAGGUCUUCUUCCCUCAUGGUCUGGGGCAUCAUGUGGGGCUUGAAGUUCACGAUGUGUCCGAGUCAUCCAUCAUGGCACUUCAUUCGGACUUUGACCAUGAUCAGUAUGGUCCUAUUCUAAACCCACCGGGGAGUCUGGCCCCGUGCACUUUGUCAGCAUCGCUGCUCGAAGAAGGCAUGGUGGUGACUGUAGAGCCAGGUAUCUAUUUCUCUGAAUUGGCUCUGACAAACGCACGGAAACAACCUCAUGCGAAGUACAUCAACUUUGACAUUGCUAAGGAAUAUGUUCAUAUUGGUGGAGUUCGCAUUGAAGAUGACAUUCUCGUCACCGCCCGCGGUUAUGAAAAUCUCACGACGGCUCCGAAAGGGGAGGAAAUGCUUGCCAUAAUUCGGCAGUCUACAAUGCAAUCCUGA